AUGAUCGGCAGCCGGCGUGUCGACCUGUUCAGGCGCUGUACCAGGCUAACAAAUCCCUCACUUCAUUUUCCUCAAGCUUGCCCUCCUCUACCCCGGCCCUACAGUCGAAUUCCUCUCGUGGUAACCCGCCCGAGUUCCACUUCGCCACCGAAUCUCGUGGUAUCCGGCAAGCUAAGAAAGUUCCCCGUGGGGGUAUCGGACUUCAGUAGAAUUCGCAAGCUCCCCGGAAGGGCAUACUUCGACAAGACGGGAUAUAUUUCUGAGCUUGAAGAGGGGGCUGGAGUCCAGCUCGUUUGCCGUCCUAGACGGUUUGGAAAGUCGCUCACCGUCACUACGCUGCGAUACUUCCAUGGAUUCCAGUUUCGCGACCAAUACGAUAAGCUUUUCAAAGGUCUCAACGUGGAUGAAGCUGUCAGCAAUGGCACCAUUCAACCUGGACGAUAUCUUCUUUUGGAAUUUGACUUCUCCCAACCUACCCGUCCUCACGACCUUGACCAGUCUGCGCAGUUCAUUGGGCAACACAUAAACAUGAUGCUGUCGAUAUUCAUACGUGAUUACACCAAAUAUCUGGGUGAAUCGUUUGCAUCGCAGACGUCUACUUUUACGGAGAAAAGCCCAGCCGAAAAUCUCGCACGCUUAAUUCAUGCUAUCUAUCUGCUAGCGGACGAAUACGAUGCUUGCGCCAACGAUUAUAUGGAUCCGCACAAUCCAAGGUUAUGGUCCGAUGCCGCACCCUCUCGUCUCUUGAAGGGAUUCUGGUCCAAUGUCAAAGCUGGCGGGAAGUUGGGUUACGGUAUUCAAAAGGUAUACAUCACUGGCGUCACGCCUCUGCUUUUAAGCGAUCUUUUCAGCGGUGCGAACGACCAAGAAAACAUCUCUUUCAGUCCAUUGAUUUCAACUAUUUGCGGAUUAACUCGAUCCGACGUGCUAGAAGCACUUAAGGUCAUCUGCAACAAUGAGGAAGAGGUGCAAGCGCACCUGAGGGAGUUGGAACACAACGCUAAUGGCUACCACUUCUGCGAUGAACAGAGUGUAGAGCCGGUGUUUAACACCCAUACUGCCCUUUCAUAUCUUGAAGUGAGCGGGGGAAGAAGACCUAAAGCUGUGGAAGCUCCAAACUCGGAGGUCUCUGAGAGCUUCUUAGAGGCUUGUGCAGGAGCACCUAGAGCGGUGAACGAGAUACAAUUAGCACUUCAAAAGGACGAACACGGCGCUUACCGAAAGAUUCCAUAUGACACAGUGCUCCGCAGCUUCAAACUAUCCGAACUAGCUGCUAGUGAAGGCGACAUAUCUGCAUGGCGAUCUUUGAUGGUCUACAUGGGCGGUCUGACUUUUGAUAUGAAUGAUCCAUCGAACUCCUUGAAGAUACCUAACCUCAUAGCAGCGAAGAGGUUUGGAUUCGCGCUCCUUGAUCGACUUGAUUUAUACCAUUUCAUGAUCAAUGCCGUACAUACUCUUGCGGAAACUGGGAACCCAAAGGACGUACUGGCUGGGUACUGUCACAUGAUGCGAGAGCGUGAUGUCUUCGGAGACGCAUUUUUAAAGAAGGAGGAACACCACCGAGACAAUAUUCGGUGGGGUAUUCUACAAAACGACGCCAUGCAGUCUACACUUGAAUAUCAGGUUACGAAGGUGAGUAACAGUCCAGGUUUUGUCGAUCUCCUCAUUACAGACAAUAAAAACCUCUACACCCUUAUCGAGUUCAAGAACAUCCAAAUCCCCUACCUGGAGCUUAGCGGAGAAGAUAAUAUUGGAAAAGUGAAAGGACUCGACGCUAUGAAGCUAAACGACAUUCUUAAACUGAAAUUCAAGGGCGACAAAUACCGAACAGGAAGCAUCAACAACUGGAUUGAUGGAAGAGGCCAUGGUCCGGUAUCUGGAAGUGUCCGCAAUCAGCUUCAGUCUUACAUUACGGGUCCUACCGUCCAAAAGGAGAUUGCAAACAAAGAUUUCCGUGCCUUUGCGGUGGUGAUUGUUGGAUCACGCCAGAUACUCGUGAGGGAGAUGGAUAGGCAUGGCAAGUGGGUCAGCAAGUUUCAGCUUGUGAAUGGGAAUCACCUUGAUAAGAUGGCAGGGCUAGGGUCCAAAAUGAGACACUAG